AUGAGGCCAGCAGUACGCCUCAGUGGGCUUACGAGUCGAUCAUGUCGACCAAUAGCGGCUGCAGGACCGGAGCUCCGAGCUGCUCUGCCUCCGCCUCCGCCUCUGCAGCAAGCUGCUCCUACCUCUCGACCCCGACAUUCAUUCGUGUCAGCCCGGGGCUACGCCUCGCACCCCUCCACGCACCCCUCGAAGCCGCCAAGACAGGGCCAGCCGCUACAUCAUACACAUCCGCAUCUCGUAGGCUCGGGAGAGCUGACUCCGGGGAUACCGGCUUCGGAGUAUGAGGAGCGACGACGGAAAUUGAUGGAGAGUCUGCCGGAGGGGAGUGUGGUGGUCUGUAUGGGUGGGACAGUGAGGUUGGUCAGCCAGCGUGACUACAAGUUCAGACAAGCGACCGACUUUAACUACCUUACCGGUUUCAAUGAGCCUGAGGCUACUCUUGUUCUAGAGUCUCGCCCAUCCACUUCCAAAGGUUAUAGAUAUACCCUCUUCGUCCCGCCGAAAGAUGACCAUGACACACUGUGGUCGGGAGAAUGCUCCGGCGUAGAAGGAGCAGUCUCCGUCUUUGGCGCAGACGAGGUCUGUCCUCUCUCCUCUUCCGCAUUGGCCGCCCACCUCCCAGCCCUCCUUCGCUCUGAAAACCUCUUCGUCUCCGUCCCUCCUCUACCGUCCCCCUCGCCAUCCUCUCAACCCCUCCAACCGCCUCCACCGCGCCGCCGCUCCUCCCUCCUCAAGCUCUUCACCUCAGAUCCGUCCUCAUCGGCCUCAUGGUCGUCCGCCUCGGACCCACCACACCUCCUCAUAUCCGCCGCACUGGCCUCGGAGCGUGCACGUCCGCUCGAAAGAGAGGUACAUCGAUUACGGCUAGUAAAGAGCAAGUCGGAGCUGGCAAUCAUGAAGCGCGCGGCGGACAUCUCAGCUGCGGCUCAUACGAGAUUGAUGGGGUUUGUAAAUGGCGGCAUGAGGGAGGACAGGUUGGCUGUGGAGUUUGCGUAUAUGUGUGCAAAGGAGGGAAGUGAGCGGGAGGCAUAUGUGCCUGUGAUAGCUUCGGGGGCGAAUGGUCUUGUGAUACAUUACACGAGUAAUGACAACGUCGUUGAUGAUGGAGAUCUUGUUCUUGUGGACGCAGGCUGCGAACUCCACAUGUACGCCUCGGACAUCACUCGUACCUUCCCCGCCAAUGGCAAAUUCAGCGAACCGCAACGCGACCUGUACACUGCGAUCCUGAGGGCACAGAAGGAGUGCGUGAAGCGGUGUAAGGUGGAGGACGGGAUAUCGAUGAAUGAGCUACAUCGCGCGAGUUGCGGUCUCUUAUUAGCGGAACUGAGGCAGAUAGGCUUCAAGCUGGGCGUAGGAGAUAUCGAGAGAAGACUGUAUCCCCACUUCUUAUCACAUCACCUCGGCUCGGAUCUGCACGACUGCCCCACCGCAGAUCGAAGCGCAGCGUUGACAGAGGGCAAUGUCAUCACGAUAGAACCGGGAAUAUAUGUCCCGUUUGACAAUGCCUACCCGAAGCACUUUCACGGGAUGGGGAUCAGGGUGGAAGAUGAGGUGGCGUUUCAGAAGGAUGGACCUUGGGUGUUGAGUGCGAAUGCUCCAAAAGAAAUCGUAGAUAUAGAGGGACUGAGGUAG